CCUUCAACGCUUUGAAUGUAACAUAAAAAUUAGGGUUUUGCAAUCUACACCUUUUCGUGAUCCUUACUAUCUCCACCCCAGUAACCAGAUUUUAUCAAAUUCUCAUUCAUUCUCGAAUAAUCCAUGGCGUUAAAUCUAGUCCAACCUGGAGGUUCUUCAAACCCCAAAAAUCUCAGUCCCCUUAAUGAAGAAAGUUGCAAUCUAAAAAUUUCCCAAUUAAUACAGAUGCUUUUAGCUGAACUUGGAAAAGAAAGCACCCAAUCAUGUAAACUUGUUCAGGAGUUCUAUGAAUUAAUGCAAACUAGAGUCGACCCACCACUGGAAUCGAUCUGGGUCUACGCCGCUGUCGCAUUUCGCAGCCAUUUUAAUCCGAAAGGCGACCUUUUUGAUAGAAUAGCAGCCGCCAAAGGCUUGUUUCAGUUGAUAUCAGCGUGCUCUUCUUCAUGUAGUUCGUCUAAAAGCGUCAUUUUGCUCGCUCCCGUGGUGUACGAGGUGUACAAAGUGGCUGUUGAGUUGUUUGAGAAGGACCUGGCUUGUAAAAGGGAGAAGAAAAUGUUGAAAGAGGUUAAGUCUUUGGUGGAAGCGAUUCUUGGGUAUAUCAAUGUAUGCUGUAGCGGGGCUGUGGUUGAGAAAGGUGAUUUGGAUGGUUCGAAUUUGGUUAGGCCUUUUUCGGAUUUGGUUCGAAUUUGGAUGAAUUCAAACGUGGGAUUAGAGUUUUUCUUACCGCUUGCUACUGGUGAGGUAUUGCAAAAGCUUAGGGAAGGAGGUGAGUUUGGUUACUUGGCUGGAAUUGUGAUUGCGGAGGCGUUUUUGCUGAAGUUGUGGUUGAAUGUUAAAAUUGGGAAAUCAAGGGAGGACUUGGAGAAAGAAUUGAGGACCUGGGCUGUUGGUUCCAUAACUGGGUUUCACAACUUUUACUUUUUUGACACCCUUGUGAGAAUGCUGCUGGAGAAGACUUUGCCUCUUGCGUUCCUACCGAAUUCUAAAGAUGAAGUUUUGUUAAGACAAGUUCUUUAUGAUGCUGUCAUAUUGGCAGACUACUCUUUCCUCAACCCUGAGAAGUUAAUUCACCUACCUGCUGACCGAGUGAAAAGUCUUGCAUUGGCUAGAUUGAUUGUUACAUGUGAAGCUGUUGAGUUUUUCCGGGAGCAAGGGAAUCGGAAAAGAUCUGUUUCUUACAUAAAUGCAUUUUGCAAUUCCUCUUUAUCUUCUCAGAUUAAUAAAUGGAUAAAAAAUCAGAUCCAGGUGGUUGAAAAUGACAGUAAAUUACAUGGAUCUUCGCCCAAAGCUCUUUUUAAGUGUCUUAUGAAGCUUGAGGAUCAGGGCGUUAUAGUAUUUGGUGAUAGUGUCUUGAAAGACCGGGCUGAACUACUACGUGAUACUUUCAAGACAGAAUUGCAGCAACCAGCGUCGAAGAUGGAAGGCAAGAAAAGGGAUGAUGAUGAUGAUGAUCUUCUAUUUUAUGAAGAUAAGGAGGGAGAAGAGUUGGAUGAAAAUGACGAUGAUGAAAAUUCAAAUGAAGCUGUCACUGCUGCAUUUGUAGCUGCUGCCCGCUCAAUGAAAUCUAAUGAUAAUGAGGACAGAAAACGAAAAAAUAAUAAAAGUUCAGAAAAGAAGAAGAAAAUAAAGUUUCUCAAGUAUGAACCAUUGCAGAGUUCCGAAUCACCUAUUCGGAGGUCCCCUGCUGUUAAUUAUGAUAGCGCGAGCAGUGGAAGCGAGGUUGAGAACCCACUCUCUGAUUCAGAGUAAAAUGAUGAGCAAGUUUCUUCAGUGGCAAAGAUUUCAAGACAAAGGUGGGAUAAUGUUAAAAAUUUCACCUUAAAUUUGGUUCUCUCGUGUUGGGUUUUCAUGGGUUUAUUAAUAUUUUAGUGUCAAAUCAGUUUGUCACCAAAUUCGUUGAAGCAAGUCCAACAUGAGAUUUUGUCAAACGCCAGCAAGGAAGUCAAUGAGCGCUUUUCGUGCAUCAGUUUUGCCAAUAUCUAGUUGUAGUUCCAUGUAAGUGACUGGUCAGUUGCGAGAUUUUGCAUCUAGACAGUGAAAAUGGCUUAGCUUUGUAAACCAUUAUUUUCAUGCAUGAUGAGGUAUAAGUUAAGAAUGUGACUAGCCAAUUUGUUAGAAAUCUUUCUUCCAGGUGGGUUAUGAUUUCUUUUAAAUGACAUUUUCUUAGUUUACAAGUGAGAAAUGACAAUUUAUUACAUUCUUUGGAACGGCUA